CAUACAAAUCGCUUAGUUACCAAAAAUGAUCGCCCACGUAUUGUUGAUUUCUCUUGCCGUGACUUACGCGACGAGCCCUCCACAGCCCCCUCGUCCAGAACCGUCAAAAUGUCCCCACGACGAGUCCUUCCCCGGCUUGGACAUGACAAAGAUGAAGGGCAGAUGGCACGUUGCGGCGGCUAGCACUACCAUUCCCUUAGGAGACAGGGGGUUGGUUAAGCCUAUCCAAGGGCAGACGGUUACCAUUACCGGAAGGCCGGGAGAAAACCGUCUCAUCCACUCAGUUGGGAAGAGGCAACCGUUCACGCACGAGUACACGAUCGUGCAAGAGGAACGAGAGAUUAACGCCUACACUCCCGAACGAGUCAACGAAUUGAAAUUUGCCGUUGUUGCCACCGAUUACGAUAACGUCGCCUUGAUAGUAACAUGCGAGCAACACUUUACAGAUAACCGAGUCGCACGCGUUCUGGUCAGGCACUCUGCCAGAGAUAACCAAAGGUAUCUGGAUCAGAUGUAUGAGCAUUUGCCUGGGCGUGGCUUUCAGAUUGAGAACAUGGAGAAGGUGGAGAUGUGAAGCUUUGCCUUUCCUUUUCAAUUUAUGUGAAAAAUAAAUGCCUUUCACUCAA